UGUCAUCAUCUCAUCUUUCCACUUUUCUAACUUCAUAUAUUGUUCUAAUUUCUAUAUAUACUUUUUUUUGGUAAAGAUUUUUUUUUUAAAUAAUAAUAUUUUUUUACAUGUAUAUGAGCUAUUGAGAUAAAAGGGGUUGUGGAGAAAAAAAGAUCAAGAAAAAUGGAGGGGAAUAUAAGCAGAGAGCAGUUGAAAAUACUUGUGCAUUUAUUGUUACCAUUAUGUAUAUAUUGGACUGCUGAAGAGAUGUCUGUUUCUAUUAUUGCUGAUAUUACUACUAAUGCUCUUUGUCCUUCAAAAUCCACUUGCUCUCAAGCUAUUUACAUCAAUGGUCUUCAACAAAUGGUGGUUGGAAUUUGCAAAAUGGUUGUCAUUCCAGUCCUUGGUCAACUAGCUGAUGAGUACGGGCGUAAACCUCUACUCCUUUUAAUCGUAUCUACUGCUAUUUUUCCCAGUGCUAUAUUGGCUAUAGACGAGUCGAAAGGAUUCGUCUAUGCUUAUUAUGUGCUGCGGAUAAUUUCUCAUAUCAUGAGUCAAGGAAGUAUUUUCUGCAUUUCUGCUGCUUAUGCUGCAGAUAUUCUUGAUGGUAGAAGCAGGGCUGCAGCUUUCGGUUGGAUUCACGGAAUUUUAUCUUUAUCCCAUGUUUUGGGAAACCUUCUAGCUCGUUUACUUCCUGGAACUUACAUAUUCGAGGUUUCGGUGGCACUUUUGAUCAUUGCUCCAGUGUACAUGAUAAUCUUUCUUACCGAGACAGUUAAGCUAACUCCAAACCUUAACCAGCAUUUACGUUGGUCAAGCAAAGCAUACAAACUUGUUCAGGAUCGAUAUAGCUCAAUGAGAUACGCAUUACACGUGGUAACAAGCAGUUCAACUCUCAAGUGUAUUUGUCUUGUUUCGUUCUUCUAUGACAUGGGAAUGUCUGGUAUCAGCAGUGUGUUAAUGUACUAUCUGAAGUCAGCAUUUGAUUUCAACAAAAACCAAUUCUCGGAAAUUCUGAUGAUGGUGGGAGUAGGUUCAAUUAUCACUCAGAUGCUGGUUUUUCCUCUAGUCAACCCAUUAGUUGGAGAAAGAGUGGUACUCAGAAUAGCCUUGCUAGCAUCAAUCACAUAUGCAUUGCUUUACGGCUUGGCAUGGGCAUCGUGGGUGCCUUACUUUGGUGCUUUAUUUCGGAUGGUUUAUGUACUAGAGCGCCCUUCUACUAAUGCUAUUGUAUCUAAAGCAUCAAGCUCAUCUGAUCAGGGCAAAACUCAAGGAUUAGUUGCUGGUGCAGAAGCAAUUGGAAGCUUUCUAGCCCCUCUUGUAAUGAGUCCAUUGACCUCUUGGUUCUUGUCUAGCAAUGCACCUUUCAACUGCAAAGGUUUCAGCUUGAUCUGCGCAGCUUUUGCUUUGGCGAUGGCAUUUUAUUUUGCUUGGAUACUACCAGACGCACCAUCAACACAAGAAGAAAAUGGAGAAAGCGUGGAAGCGCUGCUUCUAGCAUAAAUAUAAUACAUUUUUUUCUGUUAUAUAUACAUAUGAACUGAUGAAUUCUGUUGACAUAAGUGAAGAUUGUAUAGUCGAGUGACAAAUGAGAAAAUUGCUUUAGGUCACAUGCUAGGAUUUGAGAUGUGACAUUUUAACUAGUGCAUUUUUAUUUGUUGAGCAUGUUAUGUAAAUUUCUGGCUCGGCCACGGAUGAUAGGUACAUAAUUAAUAUUGUAAAUGUUCUGUACCUUGUGUAUUUGUAUUAAAACUGUUUGGAUUGAAAUGAAAGGGAAGAUUUUUUAUUUUA